AUGUUUCCUUCUGAGAAAUAUGAUCUUAGUAAACUUGCUCAUGAUAAUCAGCAGAAAUCAUUCAUUACUGACUCUGGUAAUUUUGAAAAUAUUUAUUUUGAUUUUAACUCCCUCAAUUAUCACAACUUGGUACAGGGUACAAAUAUCCAAUCAGGAGACAUUAAAAAAACCACACCUCUUUCAGCACUUGGUCUUGUUAAAGAUUUUUCAAGCAGAGUCAAAAAUUUGAACGGUGAAAAGAUUCAAGUGUAUCCCUACGACAAAGAAUCCCAUGUAGAGGAUGACCAAAAAAUGUCAACUAAUGCAAGAAUUCGAAUGGCUGGACAGCAUUUUAUCGAUUUUUAUUCUUCAAAAGCUGAUGAAAUCUCGGAUCUAAGCCAUCCAUUUCCCAUCUCAUUCUCUGGACUAUCAGAAGAUGCAGCUAAAGACGUAGAACUUCUGAUUACUCUUUUGUAUUCAGCUGAGAAAACCAGUCAAGGAAAGUGUGAGCAGGCAAGCAAACUCAUUGAGUUAUGCAAUAACACAUCUUCCAAUGAAGGGAAUCCUGUUCAAAGGUUGGUUCACUACUUUUCUCAAGCGAUUAUGGAGAAAAUUAACCGAGAGAUGGGAAAAGUGGCUAAGGCUGGACUUGACAAUAUGUGUGAUCUUGAAGAUGCGUUAAUGAAUGUUGAAGAGUGCUUAUUUUUGUUUUACCGGAGAGUCCCGUUUGCGCAAGUUUGCCAGUUCAGUUCAAUGCGUACAAUAAUUGAACAUGUAAAAGAAUCUAAAAAGAUUCAUGUAGUUGAUUUUGGGAUCAGGACAGGGAUGCAAUAUACAGUUUUGAUGCAAGGUCUUGCAAGUGAGUGUGAAAUUGAGCAUUUGAAGAUAACCGCAGUAGCUACAAGAUUGGAAGCAAAGAUAAAAGAUGCAUGUAAUAAACUUGCUGAAUUUGCAGAGACAUUGAACAUCCCAUUUAGUUUCAAGAUUGUUAUGAUAGAAGACAUGCUGGAUUUCAAUGUAAAUCUCCUCGAACUCAAUGAUGAUGAACAGGUUGCUGUCUACAUACAUUUCCAAUUAUCAUCUUUGAUUGUAAGAUCAAAAGUUCUUGAACGUCUCAUGCGAGAGAUUCGGAAAAUCAAUCCUUGUAUAACACUGAUCUCUGAAGUUGAAGCUAACCACACUUCACCAGAAUUUGUGAAACGUUUCAUAGAAGCACUUUUCUUCUACGGUGCACUUUUUGACAGUAUGUCAGAUAAUUUAGCCGAUGAUGAUUUUAACAGAAAGGCUAUGGAGUCUGUUUUCUAUGGUCAAUCUAUCACGAAUAUUGUGGCAGCUGAAGGAGAGGAGAGAACGGUUCGGCACGUCUGCAUUGAUGUUUGGAGGGCGUUUUUCUCUCGUUUUGGGAUGCUGGAAGUUGAGUUGAGUGAUGCGAGUUUAGAUGAAGCAAAGUUGUUGAUAAACAACCUUAAUUGUGGUUGUUGUAUGCUUCGUGUUGAUGGCAAAUGUUUUCUUGUUGGAUGGAAAGGGGUACCGAUCUUUUCUGUUUCUGCCUGGAAGUUUGUAUGA